GUUAAUCCUGCAUCUAUGGAGUUUUUAAUUAGUUUGUCGAAGUUUUGCAAUGUGGUACCUGUCUCUUCGAACCUCUCGUACACGGCAGAUGGUGAUUCUCUCAGCAUUGGUGAGGUAAACCAUUUGCAACCUUUAACAGUGGAAUGUGGCCAUAAAAAGGUCGAACUUACUGCCGGGUCAGGCCUUUUCUUAAAAAAGGCUUCAAAAUCAAAGGCAGUCCUGUCUGCCAAUGGGGACCCUGACAGGCUCACCAGGGAAAUUUUGACUGUACUCUAUGGGGACAAGCUACGGCAGCCAGGCAUAUCAGCCCUUGGACAAGGCAAACAGAAGCUGGGUAUUGGAGAGACUGAUCUCCAAAAUAUAUUCAGCUUUGUUUGCCGCAAUUCUAAAUUAACGGGGAGAGUGGACAAAAAGGGGAAGGAACUCCCGUCUUUCACUUUUAAUGCAUUCAUUAAAUCAGUGAACAAAAAGCUAAAAACUGCAAGCCGUGAUCGGAUGACGUCAGCUACAGCUUCAUCAAAGAAGAAUAACUCAAGUGAGACUCUUGAUUACUUAUAAAUUUGUUGUGCCAU